AUGUCCAACGCCCGACACACGGUGGGAGGUGCCACAACUCACCCAACCCGCCGCCCCACCCGGGGCGGAGGCGGAGGAGGCGUAGCCCGAGCUCCGCGAGCGUGGGCUGGCGGGAUGGAGAAGGCGCCCCACGCGAACACACGGUGUCUCGCAGAGGCCGCUCCGCACGGUCAAGAGAUCCCCCAAGACUUCGAGCAGGCCAUGAAGGCCGCUCAUCCGGUGUGCGAGAAGAUGAUCCGGGAGGCGGACCAACGUUACCAGCAACUGGCAGCGCACCUUGAGCAAAGCCAAGAGGAAAAGGCUCGACUCCAGUCUAUGGCGGAUCAAGCCAACGCGGACAAGCACGCGGCAUGCAACGAGGUGGGCCGCCUGAAAGGGGAGAUUGCCCGUCUUCAAGACCAUGUCGGGAAUUUGGAGUCGGACCCCCAGGGCUAUAUCAGACGAGCCGAAUUGAACACUGUUCUGGAGGAAAUCCAUGCCGUCGCCACUUCGUUGACCGGCAAGGUCUGGAAGAAACUGGAGGAGUCGAACAAUGUCUAUUUCUCGACCUGCUUGCCGGGGGAUGGAUAUGCGGAAACAACCUGGGAAGGGCAGAAGGAGCAGGUUGGUAUGCCCGGCAGUCCUCUUCUCCCCGUUUACCCUGAUCCUAUGAUGUCAUGCCCAGAGCCCCAAGAUCUGUCUUAUAUCGAUCCUUACACAUCCGUGCCCCAGGGCAAAUGUUGA